AUGAUCCUAAAAGUCUAUACAAGCCUUUUGCUUUUGUUCUUGGCCAAUUCUGUAUGGACUCGAACUGUGAGACAAGUUUAUGAUGAUCUGGAUCCUGAGCAUUGGUCUCACUACACUUCUGAGUGUCCACAAGAGUGCUUUUGUCCUCCUAGUUUCCCCAAUGCAUUGUACUGUGAUAACAAAGGACUUAAAGAAAUACCUGCAAUUCCAGCAAGAAUUUGGUACCUCUAUCUUCAAAACAAUCUAAUUGAAACACUUUCAGAGAAGCCUUUUGUGAAUGCCACUCAUCUGAGAUGGAUAAAUCUGAACAAGAAUAAGAUCACAAACAAUGGAAUUGAGAGUGGUGCACUGAGCAAGCUGAAAAGACUGCUUUACUUAUUCCUUGAAGAUAAUGAAUUGGAAGAGGUGCCUGCCCCAUUACCAGUGAGCCUGGAACAGCUAAGACUAGCUAGAAACAAAAUCUCCAAAAUACCAGAAGGAGUCUUCAGCAACUUGGAAAACCUUACUAUGUUAGAUCUCCACCAGAACAGUUUGCUGGACAGCGCUCUUCAAAGUGACACCUUCCAAGGACUCAACAAUCUUAUGCAACUCAACAUAGCAAAAAAUUCACUCAAGAAAAUGCCUUUAAGCAUUCCAGCUAAUACACUACAGCUGUUUUUGGACAACAACUCCAUUGAAGUUAUACCAGAAAACUACUUCAGUGCAAUACCCAAAGUCACUUUUCUUAGGCUGAACUACAAUAAAUUAUCUGAUGAUGGUAUCCCUCCAAAUGGGUUUAAUGUUUCAUCUAUUCUAGAUCUACAGCUGUCUCACAAUCAACUCACUAAAAUUCCAGCAAUCAAUGCUCACCUCGAGCACCUUCAUCUCGAUCACAACAAAAUCAAAAGUGUCAAUGGUACUCAAAUGUGCCCAGUCUCAAUUGCCCUAGAAGAAGACUAUGGUUAUUACGGUAACAUCCCUCGCCUCCGAUACCUUCGUCUGGAUGGAAAUGAAAUUCAACCUCCAAUCCCAUUGGACAUCAUGAUAUGUUUCCGACUACUUCAAGCUGUUGUCAUAUAA